GCCUUUUGCCGUCCUUUUUUCCCCAAGCUGGCUUUUGGGGGCUGCGGUCGCUCCCCAGCUCGCAGGUCACAUGGCCUGCCAGAGCGAGGGGACCGCGCCAGAGCUGCGCCGUGGGAGGUGAGGCUUCCGCGCGCGUCCAAGUCCUGCGGCGACCGCUCCUCCGAGGCCUCAAGGUCCAGCGAUGGCUCCUCCGUGGUCAUGAGCCAGACAGCCUAGGCGACUUCGGCAGUGGCCGUCAGCGUGCUCAGAGAACCCAGCUGACCGCUCUCACCCGGUUUGACUUGCACUGAUUUUGGCCUACGGUCCAGGAUGGUUUGUUCUUGGGACCAGACCUGACCAGAGUCGACCUCAUGAGCACUUCAACCUCUCCAGCUGCCAUGCUCCUCCGGAGGCUGAGGCGGCUCUCCUGGGGCAGCACCGCUGUCCAGCUCUUCAUCUUAACAGUGGUGACCUUUGGUCUGCUGGCCCCACUGGCCUGUCACCGGCUUCUGCACUCUUACUUCUACCUGCGCCACUGGCAUCUGAACCAAAUGAGCCAAGAGUUCCUGCAGCAAAGCUUGAAAGAAGGUGAAGCGGCCCUACACUACUUUGAGGAGCUGCCCUCUGCCAACGGCUCGGUGCCCAUCGUCUGGCAGGCCACACCACGGCCCUGGCUGGUCAUCACCAUCAUCACUGUGGACAGGCAGCCUGGCUUCCACUACGUCCUGCAGGUGGUGUCCCAGUUCCACCGGCUCCUUCAACAGUGCGGCCCCCAGUGCGAGGGGCACCAACUCUUCCUGUGCAACGUGGAGCGGAGCGUGAGCCAUUUCGAUGCCAAGCUGCUGUCCAAGUACGUCCCCGUGGCCAACCGCUAUGAGGGCACCGAGGAUGACUAUGGCGACGACCCUUCCACCAACUCGUUUGAGAAAGAGAAGCAGGACUAUGUCUAUUGUCUGGAAUCCUCCCUGCAGACCUACAACCCAGACUACGUCCUGAUGGUGGAAGAUGAUGCCGUCCCAGAGGAGCAGAUCUUUCCAGUCCUGGAACACCUUCUGCGGGCUCGCUUCUCUGAGCCCCACCUCCAAGAUGCCCUCUAUCUGAAGCUCUAUCACCCCGAGAGGCUCCAGCACUACAUCAACCCGGAGCCCAUGCGUAUCCUGGAGUGGGUCGGUGUCGGCAUGUUGCUGGGGCCCUUACUAACCUGGAUAUACAUGCGGUUUGCCAGCCGCCCGGGGUUUAGCUGGCCCGUCAUGCUCUUCUUCUCCUUGUAUAGCAUGGGUCUGGUGGAGCUGGUGGGCCGCCACUACUUCCUGGAGCUGCGGCGGCUGAGUCCUUCCCUGUACAGCGUGGUCCCCGCUUCACAGUGUUGCACCCCUGCCAUGCUCUUCCCUGCCCCUGCGGCCCGCCGGACCCUCACCUACCUGUCCCAGGUUUACUGCCACAAAGGCUUUGGCAAGGACAUGGCACUGUACUCACUGUUGAGGGCCAAGGGGGAACGGGCCUACGUGGUGGAGCCCAAUCUCGUGAAACAUAUUGGACUCUUCUCCAGCCUUCGGUACAACUUUCACCCCAGUCUGCUCUAGCCUGCCAAGAAAUGCCUUCCUGAAACUGGCCACUUCUUGGAGAUUCAACUGUUGAGCUCUUUAUUUGGACCUGGUUGCUUGCGGAUAAUUCAUUGUUUUAAGGUUGCCAGGGAUAUAGGCACUGGGAUGGCUGAGAUUAAAUAGAAGUCAAGAACGUUGGCUUUAGUAACUCUCAGGCAAAGGCAAGCUGUUCACUCUGGGCCCAGACCUCUUGCCCUCCACACAGCCACAUUGCCUCACGCAGUCUGACCCACUCAAUGAUGGACAUUUAAGUACCACUUAUAUUCUCCUAUUUCUCAUUCUGCUUCGUGACAGAGUUUGUGACUGCCAAAAUUAUUGUGCACAGUGGUUCAACUGGUUUAGGAUUUUAAAGGUAGAAUAUGAAUGAUGAAAGGUGAGAUUCUGUUAUAGUGACUUCUUUCUCAUUGGGAAUAAGAAUGGAUAUAUAUUUAGGAUAUAUAUCCCAAGACACAGGACCAUAGAUUCUAUUUGUUUCCUUGCUAUGACAUGAUAAAAGCUGCAUAGUGCCUGCCAUCUUGGAGGCAGGUGAGCUGGCUACUGUUACCUGGCAUUUUCUCUUCCACACAUCUGUAGUGCACUGAUAAUCAAUUUUGACUGUGAAAACUUUAAGGCACAGCAAGAUCUGAAAGCGCCUUCUGGAUCAUCAAGUCAGAUUGCUUAUGUUUAGUUUUCAAUUUAAUAUUGAAGAUUUCUAUCAUAUUCUGAUUCUUUGAAAGUUGGACUUUGCAGAAUGAUAUAGAAUGGGUGAGCUCUUUACUAAUAGCAAAUCCUUUUCCCCAACUUUGCUAGCUAAUCAUUCACCCUCAUUCUUUUUCUUCUAUAGCAUGAUGUUACAGAAGAAAAAGUAGGGACUGAAGUCAGAAGACCUGAAUUUUUAUAUCAAAUCUCUGUCGUGUCCUAGUGGUGUGAACUUGGGCAAGUUAUACGCACUCUGAGCCUCAGGUUUCUCACCUGUAAAAUGGGGACAGUGAUAUCUUCCCUUUUAAGUUGCCUUGGGGAUUAAAUGACAGAAUAUGUGUAAAACACUAGCAAGUGCUUAUCUCAUAAAGGGCAUUUGAUGAAUAUUAACUCUUUUCUCUCCUAUAUUCAGCAUAUAAAACUCAAGUGUAUUUUGGAUAAAGGUAUUAGUGAUAUUUUUUAAAGUAUGAGAUGGGGUAUAGGGCUGACACCUAUGGAGCAGCUGUUCCUGACCAAACACUACUAGAAUAAAGGUUGACUUUUCCUUGUGACUUCAGAAGGAUAUACAGCUCAGUUUCAUCUAGCCCCACCUCCAACCAAGCCCAAAAUAAGAAUUGUUCAUUCAAACUGAAAAUGAUCUAAGACUCCGGUUGAGCCUAUUCCAAGACUAGCAUCUGAAAAUUACUUUUCUCAAAAGUUACAAAUAAAUGUCAUUUGACAACACUUAUCAAACCAGUGGCCAAAGAGUCCUUAUGGCGGUGGAUGAUUAUAUUAGAGUUCAAGCAGCUCUCUGCUUUGUUUCAGUGCCACGUCUUCUGUUUGCUUUAAGUUUUCACAGUGAGCUCCUGUCUUGGAAUAUGCUUGAGACCAUCGAGGGAGUAACAGGGCUUCAUCACCACACUUUACAGAUGAACAAAGAGGCCCAGAGAUGUUUAAGGACUUCUUCAGGUUCACACAGCUGAAGAGCAGCAGAGAGGACUGGAAUGUAGUAGCUUUUCUGACUUCAAGCCCCUGUACUUUUCUCUCAACCACAUUCAUUUUAUAAAUAUCUAUAUAGUCAAAUUCUCUUUUGUGAAAUCUGUAACCUGGAUGAAAUAAUGUCUUUGUAAGCUAAGAUGGUAAAAACUCACUGUGGUGUUGGUCUUGGGGAACGAACAGGUGUCUGUGUGUGUUGUGUUGUUAUAGUGAGCUGUUAUAUAUCCCCUGGGAAUGUCCAAAGUGACCAGAGCUGCUAGGUGACUUACUGAGAUGCUCAGAUUCCACCCUUUCAUCCCCUGCCCCCACCCCAGUAACAGGUUCAGCCUCAUGUCUGAGAACAGAACCACUCCCAACCUAGAACUAAUUUGAGUUUGUUGCAUUAAGAUUAGAUCUCCUUGUGGAAAGUUUGUGUCCAAUGACAGAACAUUUAAGCUAGCUAACCCCUAGAUCAGAAUCUUUGCUGGUUUUCAUUUCUGCUCUUUCUAAUUCCACUGUCUACUGCACACAGACAUCCCUUCCUGUGACUCCUUCCUUCUCAAUGGCUGAGGUCAUCUUUGUCUUGUCUUAUUUUUCUACCUACACACUAAGACAUAUUCCCACAUUGAUCUUAGCUAGAAUCUGCCACCCUUGGACGUUUUCUGCAGAAGCAACAAUCCUACCCACUUUUAUCCCUACCCACUCUCUAGAUCACCCUUCCUUUUGUCUCUCAUUCCUAGAGUCCAAAUUGUGUACGUUGUCUUGAACUAGGACUGCUGGCAGCUUUACACCAAAGCUGAGGUCUCUCGUUUAAUCCUAAGCAGGGAGCUAGGGAGAAACUCAAGUCCCCUUCCAGUAUCAAGGGACAUAAUCUACCAGAAGGAUGAAGGUCUCUAAUAGUCCUGUAUACUUUUCAGAAUUUAAAUUAUUGUCAGGUCUAAGAAGCUCCCUAUUGUGACUGGGUGUAUUUGCAUAGACUUAUCAGUUCAAAUAAACGAACCGUUUCACUGAGGCAUCCUAAGAAGCCUUGGUUUUCUCUCAUUUUUAUAGCUGGAUUUUUGUGAUAUGGUGAAUAGGAUCAAAACCACCCACAUGCUUACACUACUGUGGAGUCCGAAGGUAGCAAUUCAAAAGUAUGGGCUGUUUGCUUAAAAAUUCAUAACUGAUUUUCUUAUAUUUCUUAAAUGGAAACAUUGGAAUUUGUGUGUGUGUGUGUGUGUGUGUGUGUUUCUACUGUCAUACUUUUUAAAAAGUGGUGAGAAUGCUACAGUGCAACUAGAGAAUACAAGUAGGAUGAAUAUAAUGAUAGGAUUAAUUUAAUUUACCUUGGAUACAGUCCUCAUUUAAGGGAAUUUAUUUAAUUGGUAACUUAAUUUGUGUAAAGAGACAAUCCUGAUUGGAUUUGAUUACUAUGGGAUUUUUAUAUAUACUGUGAUGCAUUUUGAAUUACAGUGACACGAUACAAAACUGGGUAAUUUUAAAGUCACACGAACCAUUUG